AUGGAUUAUACCGGUAGCAGCCGUGAUGCUCAGCAUCUCUGCGUGCUUGUUCAUGGACUUUGGGGUAACCCGGUUCACUUGGAAUCAGUGGCGAAAUCUCUACGAGCGAAACAUUCCGAUGAACACCUCCAUAUAUUGGUCGCGAAGCGUAACAGCGGUAGCUUUACAUAUGAUGGGAUUGAGUUGGGUGGUGAGAGAGUGACUGCGGAGAUAGAGGAAGAAGUCGAAAAACUUGCGAGAGAGGGUCAAGUUAUCACUAGGUUCUCUAUCGUUGGGUAUUCCCUGGGUGGUCUUGUCGCCCGUUACUCUAUUGGCUUACUUGAUAGUAAGGGUUUCUUCGAUAAAAUCAAGCCAGUGAACAUAACGACCUUUGCUAGUCCUCAUCUUGGAGUACGCACACCUCUCAAAGGAUCUCUGAAUCAUGUUUGGAACGUUCUGGGAGCAAGGACCCUAUCAACUUCCGGUCGACAAUUAUUUACGAUAGACAAAUUUAGAGAUACAGGAAGGCCGCUACUCGAAAUUCUAGCAGAUCCAGAAUCAAUCUUUAUAAAGGGAUUGGCCAAAUUCGAAAGAAGGACUCUAUAUGCAAAUAUCGUCAACGAUCGAAGCGCUGUUUACUAUACCACUGGAAUAGCAAGCACCGAUCCAUUCACAAAUUUGGAUAAGAUCAAGAUAAAUUACGUGCCAGGUUACGAAGAUGUUAUUCUCAACAGACACAACCCAGUUUCCCCUUUAGAUAAGACUAGUCUGAAUGCUAGCACGAGCUUAAUGGCUAGCACACGGAAGACCUUGGGAAACCUUCCUCUAAUAGCCGCACUAGUUAUUUUCAUCCCAUUCGGCGUUGUUGCCUUUCUCUUGAAUUCUGCUGUUCAGACGGUCCGCAGCAGCAAACGUAUUCGUCUACAUGAACAAGGUCUAGCCGGUAUUCAACCUAAAGACUAUCGAUUUCCUCUUCUUAUCAAUGGUAUGCGUGAAGCUGUUGAAGAUGUUUACGAGAAUCUCAAUGCUACUCAAAGUAACGAAUACCUCAACACGCCUUCGGAUUCGGACUUUGAAGAUACAUCGGAUUCAUCUCCUUUGAUUAGAAAACGGACUAAAUCCUUCCAUAGCGAAGUUGCCGACCCUGAGAAAUCCGAUGUCGUUGCUCCUACCUUGACAUUAGCACCAUACCAAUUUAAAAUGAUAGAAGCAUUAGAUAAGGUAGGUUGGCGAAAGUAUCCAGUUUUCAUUCACAAGGUUAGGCAUAGUCAUGCAGCUAUUGUUGUUAGGGUUGACAAACCAAGUUUUGAUGAAGGACGAAUUGUGUUGAAGCAUUGGCUGGAUGAGGAGUUUAUUUUGUAA